AUGGCGGCGUCACUCCCGAGAUCUGAGAUCCGACUCUUCCGAACGUACGGGGCAGCCGGUGGCGGGGGGCCGCGGCGGCGGCCGGGCCGGGCAGCGGCGCAGUGGUUUCCACCGCAGAACCGGAACGGUAUCUUCAGCAGCGACACCAGCAACGGUAGCCCGUCGCAGUCUGAGGCUCCCGACGACUCUGACGACCCAGACUUCCCCGGCAGCCCCAUCCGCCGACGGCGGAGGCGUCCUGGCCGCGGAGUCUCCAAGAAGCAGCCCACCCUGAUCGCGACCCCAAGACGCCUGAGGCUGAGAGCACGGCCUCCGCUAAAGUGCAGCACCCCCUACUGCCCGCUCCGACCACCGCGCUUCCCCAGCAGCCGCGGGGGCCGUCUCAGCCCCGACUUCAGUGAAUGCAGCCAGCCCAAGGACCACGACGAGCUGGGCCUCAGUGCCUCCCUGAUCAGCCCCCGGCCCUCGUCUGGCCCCGGACCUCCAGCGCCAGGGGAUAGUAUCAUCUCCACCGGUCCUCCUGCCUCUUCAGAUGCAACCUCUGCAAACUCAAGUGGUUUCCACUUGUCAUCAGCCUCCCUGAACCUAGCAUCUCCCCCACGCUCCCAGGAAACAGCAACAGAAGGAAUCUCGGUCACUAGUAUGGUCCACCGAGCUCAUACCAGCCUCACGUCUGCUCUCUCUAGCCUUAUGGACUCGAGAUAUCCAGUGGAUCGUGAGUGUGGGACACACAGAAAAAACACGGAGUCUUGUUGUAAAAGGAAAGUGAUGGGAAACAGACUGGAGGGCACCGGUAAAAAGAGGGUCACAGGCAGAGACUCAUCUCAAAAAAGAGGGUCUCAAAGGGCCACCCUGAUAGACUCUGAAGAAGCCACUGGUUGCAGAGGCCAUAUCAUACCUAGGAAAAUCAACAGGCCUAAGAGGACUAGGCCAAGGCAAAAGAGGAAACAUCAGGAAGCAGGGGAAACCUCUCCUCUCCAUCACCACCGAUUUAAAAAGAGCCAAAAGAUGGGAAAAGAUUCAUUCCUAUCUCAGGACCUGACUCAUUUACCAAAGUCCUGUUCUUGGACCAAAAUCAGGGCCUCCUUCAAUUUCCACAAGAAGAAAAUUGUGACUGAUGUGUCAGAGGUAAGCAGUAUCUAUACCAUUUCCAGUUCUCCCUCUAGGUCUUUUGUAUCAGAAUAUUCAAACCCUCCUGUCUUAAACACAACAAAUACUGCUCUGUCCCCACGGCACUCCUCUUCUUUGCACUUGCUAAGCCCUUUAAACAUCAUACGUGUUGCGGACAAAAAGGCCUCUGAGGCUGAAAAGGUUUUUUGGGAAUGCGGUCAGGAAGGACCUAUCCCCUUUAGCCAUUACCUUUCCACAGAAAAACUGGAACGAUGUGAGAAAAUUGGGGAAGGGGUGUUUGGUGAAGUGUUUCAAAUGAUUGUUGAUAGGAAACCUGUAGCCCUAAAAAUCAUUGCUAUUGAAGGAUCAGAUUUAGUCAAUGGAUCCCAUCAGAAAACCUUUGAGGAAAUCCUGCCAGAGAUCAUCAUCUCUAAAGAGUUAAGCCUCUUAUCUGAUGAGGCGUACAACCGCACAGAAGGCUUUAUUGGGCUGAACUCAGUGCACUGUGUUCAAGGGCCUUACCCUCUCUUGCUCCUCAAAGCCUGGGAUCACUAUAACUCAACCAAAAAGUCUGCAAAUGACCGGCCUGACUAUUUUGAGGAAAGUCAGCUCUUCAUUGUACUAGAAUUUGAGUUUGGUGGGAUCGACCUUGAGCAAAUGAAAACAAAGUUGUCCUCUGUGGCUACAGCAAAGAGCAUCAUACACCAGAUUACAGCAUCCCUUGCAGUGGCAGAAGCAUCACUGCGUUUUGAGCACCGAGACUUACACUGGGGGAAUGUGCUGUUAAAGAAGACCAGCCACAAGGAGCUCCGCUACACCCUCAACGGAAAGACAAACACGAUUCCUACCCGUGGGUUGCAAGUCAAUAUCAUUGACUACACCCUGUCACGCUUGGAGCGGGAUGGGAUUGUGGUUUUCUGUGACAUUUCCAUGGAUGAAGAACUAUUUACAGGUGAAGGUGACUACCAAUAUGAGAUUUACAGGCUCAUGAGGAAGGAGAACAACAACUGCUGGGGUGAAUAUCACCCUUAUAACAAUGUGCUCUGGCUACAUUACCUCACAGACAAGAUUCUGAAUGAAAUGACCUUUAAGACUAAAUGUAACACCACUGCCAUGAAGCAAAUGAAGAAAAAGAUCCAGCAUUUCCAUAGGACAGUGUUGAACUUCACCUCCGCCACUGACCUGCUCUGCCAACACAGUCUAUUUAAGUGA